AAUCUUUGAUCUGUUCAUCGAUCAAGAUUCGAUUUUGCUGAUCACCCAGAGCAGAUUUCUGAUUUUUUUCAUCCGAUUUCACCCAAUUCGGACUCGAAUUUCAGACGCAGAUGAUGGAACAAGAAGAUCAAGAAACGGUUCUGAUGAAGAUGAACCGUUACUUCUCCUUGGGGGGUCACACGAGGUCUCAUAAUCACCUUAUCCCCAACCCGCCGGAAUCCGGCGAAACAACUCAAAGCCAUGUCCUCAUCAGAGAGAAUCUGAAUAAGAGUUUCGAGGUUGCAGCUGCAGAGUCAAAUGCUGAAGAAAAACACGAAGAAGAUGCUUUGCUUCUUCAGAGGAAGCUCUGCAAGGAAUGCGGGAAAAAGUUCGAGUCUUGGAAGGCUCUGUUUGGCCACAUGAAAUGCCAUUCCCAAAGAACAGCGAAGGGAUUCGCAGGUUUUCCAAAGAGAAAGAAGAGAUCGAGGAGACGAGCCAUGAUGAUGACGAGGUACGAGGUUGAUAACAAUUCCUCUACCUUAACUUCUGCUAACAGUGAUUAUGAUCAAGAAGAGGUCGCUAUGAGCUUGAUCAUGCUUUCUAACAAUGACAAUAAUCCUGAGGUUCUUGGGAGUCAAUUGAAGAAGCAGAAACCAAGAGGCUCUGAAAUUCCAACAACAAAUGAAACGAAAUUCCAGUGUUCCACCUGCAGCAAGGCUUUCCACUCAUACCAAGCACUCGGCGGGCACAGAGCAAGCCACAAGAAGAAUUACAACAAUGACGGUUUUGCCCCUCCAAGCCAAGCAAUGUCAGAGAAGGUUGAGAGUUCAAAGAAGAUGAAGGCGGAUGAUGAUCGUCACGAAUGCCCGAUUUGUUUCAAGAUCUUCGGAUCGGGCCAAGCGUUGGGAGGUCACAAGAGAUCCCAUUUCAAAGUUGGGGCUACGAAAACGGAUAUGCAACAACAGCCCGAGACGCAAAAACCAGAGACCAGAGAUUUUCUUGAUCUCAACUUUCCUGCUCCAGUUGAAGAAGAAGAAGAAGAAGAAGAUAGGGAAAGGCAACAGAUCAUUGGGUUCCAAGCAUGGUUGAUGAUGGGUAGAAACUACAGCCAUGAACAGAUUGUGGGUCCUACUUCUUUCUAAGUCUUCAUGAAGCUCCUGAGCAACAAUUUGUUGGUUCCAACUUCUGUACAAUAAUUGGUUUUAAGAAGUAAUGUUUGGGUACUUCAACAGAAAAAAAAUAUGGUCUUGGCAAAUUAGGAAGUGAUUUUCUUGAAUUUUUCCUCUUUUUUUUUGUUGUAAUUUAAUUGUUAUUGACACUUCAUAAGGUCCAGGAUGAACUAGACUUGAAGGGGAUGGAU